AGAACAAAGAUAGAAAUGACUUGGAGGAAACAUCAAAGUUGCAAUUCUUCUUCCAAAAGGCCAAAGAUUGGAAAGUCCAAGGUGUCCUUCAAAAAAGAGUCACUUCUUCUGGCCAAGCACGAAGGCAGGAAGCCGAUUACUGGAAAGGCGAAGGGAGAGAGCAGCUCCAGGCGAAAACUCGGCCGGACGGAGAUUCCCGCCAAAAUGGUACCCGGGCGGCGGGCGCUCUCGUGGGCUGCGCUCGCGCUGGUCCUCCUCCUUGUGUGCCUGAGUCCCGGUGUAUCAAGAGGAAAUAAACUUAAGCUGAUGCUCCAAAGACGGGAAGCUCCUGUUCCGGUUAAGGCAGAUGUGUCUGUCAAAGAAGAUAAGGCCAAGGAGUUUUUGAGCAGCUUGAAACGUCAGAAGCGGCAGCUGUGGGAUAGGAGUCAACCAGAUGUACAGCAGUGGUACCAGCAAUUUCUCUACUUAGGCUUUGAUGAAGCAAAAUUUGAAGACGAUGUCUCCUACUGGUCAAACCUAGGCCGUAGUGGCCAUGAAUAUUACGGUGGUUAUUACCAUCAUCAUUAUGAUGAAGACGCACCAAUUGGCCCACGAAACCCACAUACCUUUAGGCAUGGAGCAAGUGUCAAUUAUGACGAUUAUUAAUCUCCUUUUUCCUUCUCUGGAUUAGAACGCCAGGAAGACGGAUACCGCCCAAAGGUGCCUCUUACGCUUCUUUGAAAUUAACUAGUUUGUUAUAAACAUUAAUAACAAAAAAAAAGGUUAUGGAACGUUUUUAUAUCCACUCAGUAGCAUAACAUGUAUAAACGUUAGCAUUAAAAUUUCUUGAUAAGUA